UUUUAAAACAUCGUAUAAAAUACAAUAAAGGGUUAAAUGAGUAAGUUCUACAAUACGCGUUAAUUUUGAAGUCACUGGAUGCCAUGGCAUGGAAGUUAUUGCAAUUAGUAUUUUGUAAUUUCGGCAGUAAUUCGUUGACGGUCCCUUAGUCAGCGGUAGGCGAUCAUCUGCGAGGACGUGGAACUAACUGACCGUCUUUCGACAGCUUUAUGCCGUUUAGUGUGAGUGAAACACCGCCAUGUGCUGCAGGCCGGACGGCUGCAUUGUUGAGAUGUACGAGCUUUCUGGCCUUCCGGGUUUUGCUCAGGUGGAGCAGAAGGACCUGGCAGCCUCAUAUUCAACCCCUCAGUCUCUCAGUUGCUCCCCUAGGGAGGCACAAAGACAGGAAUAACUAUCCCCUGGAGGUCUCCCAGCAGGAGCUCCGGCGACGUCUCACACCCAUCCAGUACCACGUCACACAAGAGGCUGGCACUGAGAGGCCCUUUGUAGGAGAGUUUACAGACCACAAGGAAGAUGGUACAUAUGCAUGCGUGGUCUGCGGGACACCGCUGUUCAGCUCCAGUAAGAAGUUUGACUCAGGAUCAGGAUGGCCGUCAUUCUUUGAUCCGCUUCAUGAGGAAUCCGUCACACUGACUGAUGAUUCCUCCUACGGGAUGCGGAGAGUGGAAACCACCUGCCGUCAGUGCGGGGCUCACCUGGGGCACGUGUUUGACGAUGGACCCCAGCCUACAGGAAAGCGAUACUGCAUCAAUUCCGCUGCCCUGGCCUUCCGGCCGCAGGAUCCAGGGGGAGCCAGCAGGUCAGGAUAGGGGACCCAGAAUCCAGUGCUGCAGGAAGAUAAACCCGAACUCUGCAGCUCCUCACAACAGUGAACCUAUUCCCGACUCAAUCCUGAAGUGAAAAAUGACCUGGGCUCAAGGACCUGCCAGCUCCGUACUCUGUAAGAUUACUCUCUUCAGGUAAAAUGCGAAGAAGCGUCUGUACUCGCCACUGUGGUAUGGACACCUUUAUCAGCGACCAAGUCAGAAUAUGUAGCAAAAUUCGUAACACCGAUAUUGUUUCUGAAAUAAACAAUUCAGACAGGAGUAAUAUUUUGAAUGUAAAUUUUGAAUAAAAUUGUGGCGUUAAAGCACUUCUUCUUCUUAA